AUUUCUUAGGAUUAUCAGGCGGCCUUGGUAGCCACUGCGGAGGCAGUCUGAUUCUCGAAAUGGCUAAACGAUCGUGGCUUGCAAGGUGGCGACUACCAGGACAGCUGAACCCAUGCAAUAGCGUGAAAUAGCCCCCUGUGACGAUCUUACGAUACAUUCCUCUCCAAGGCGAGACAAGACCCGAGUCUUCUUGAUGACAUGCUCCACAUGCCACGAUUUUGGCGUGCAAAUACACCACGGACCACUCUUCUGAUCCUCGUGGCUGACUUUUCGUGCCCGUGCCGGGUGAGCGGACAUACAAUGAUACAAAUAUUGAAAAUGGUUCAUGCCAUUAUUGCAAAUAAAGUAGAGAAUUCGGGUGACAACUGUCGGAAACUCGGAAGGGAUCCAGUGAGGAAAACGACCGAAAAGGCCACACAAUGUACGCCACGGCCACGGAUUGCACAGCAUAAACUUUCAAAUAAGCCUGUAUUUUGCUUGACUGUAGGUUUAACCCGGCCAUGACAACCUACCUAAACCCGACUGCUGCCUCCCCUUCGAUCUUCCAAGCCGAACCUUCCAUAGUAGGUACCUCCAUUCAGUCU